AUGAAUUCAGCACUUAGUCGCUUGGGGCCGAGUGUGUGGACUUAUGAUGUACCCGGAAACUACACCGACCCGGGACAAGGAACUGUGCUCGCUAUCGGUAAGCGCGGGCUCACCUCCCUUGGACUCCCCCAUGAUGGUCGUGCUCGUAUUUACGUCGAGGACCAGCAAUAUGUUCCGCGGCCGCCGUCCUGA